GUAAGUAGCGGUGUCAAGCUGCCACACAAACGUGAGAAAGGGAACUUGGAGUGGUCUAUUGAAUUGGAUAGAAAAUACAAACAGGAAUAUAUUGGAAUUGUACACUUUUAGGUGACGAUGUGGGGACACUGUACUGUUUGGUGAGGUCUGGACUGUAUGGGACUGUAAAGAAGACCUAUUUGGGAUCCUCUGAGGACGGCACAACCGGAAAGUGUAGGUAGACGGUGGCACAAAGUUUCUUGAGCUGUGCCAUCAAGUAACGAAGAGCGAGCGAUAGAGAGCGAGUGAGAGAGAGAGAGAGUGAGGAGAGGAGAGCCUGUUCUCCUCUCAUCCCCACUCCCCCCCUCCUCCUCCUCUCCCGCCCCACCAUCAGCUGAUCACGCUGGCUGCGGCUGGGAUGUUGCGGCAGAGCAGUGCUGGCGGGAACAAGCGCUCCCUCGGCAUUGCUCGCCUCUCCAACUCCCACUUCUUCCCGCUGUCCACGGGCACCACCAACACCUCCAACUCGGGCACCAGCACUGGCACCUGGGGGCGGCCGGUCAAAAGCAACUCUCUGAGUUCGGUUAGCUCGGGGUCGGACAACGCGGACAACUGCACGGCGGCGGCGCCCGCCGACUCUGACUACAUCAUGCAGCUGGUCAACGAUGUGCGGCACUUUGCGGACGUGCUGCUUCAGCUCAAGGAGGCCUUCAACUCCAAAGAGCACAUAGUGGAGGACUGCCUUCACCAGGUGGUGCACGAGCGUCUUGGCGAGCUACUGCGCGUCCUGAAGGCCGUCAUCGGGAAACACCAGACGCUCAACUCCGUAGACAUCCUCAGCGCUGCCGGCACCCUCAUCGCAAAGGUCAAAGGUGUGAACUUCAAGGAAGUGAAUGAGGACAACAAGCAGAAGCUCUUUGGCGAGAUCUACACUUCAAUAGACACUUUGGCAUUCACAUUUGGCAAUGUAGUGUCUGACUUCCUUAUGGGAGAUGUAGAGAAUGGAUCAGCUUUGGGGCUACCCCAGACUAGAAGAAGUCGGUCAUUUGAAAACCUCUGUGUGGAGUCCGGAGGGCCCGGGCCGGAGAAGGAUGAGCCUCCAGGACCGUCUCCGCCUGCGCGGGUGGAGGAGGUGGACUCAGCGCUGCACGGCAGCCUCACGGGCGUGGAGUCCGCCCUGCUCUACGCCAAGACCUGGUCCAAGUACACCAAGGACCUGCUCAGCUGGGUGGAGAAGCGCAUCAACCUCGAUAUCGAGUGUGCCAAAAGCUUUGCCAAAAUGGCUGAGUCUGCAAAGGCGCUCGCCGGUCAACAGGAGUUCAUGCCCUUCAAAGAGAUCUACACGAGUGCCUUCAAAAACGACAUCGAGUACAGCCAGGUCAUCCUGCACACCACUGCUGCGCUGCAGGCCAACAAAUUCAUCCAGCCGCUGCAGUCCAGGAAGAGUGAGCUGGACAAGCUGAGGAAGGAGGUCAAGGAGCAGUGGCAGAGGGAGCAGAAGAAAAUGAGCGAGGCGGACAGCGCUCUGCGUAAGGCGCGGCAGCUGCAGGUGCAGCGCCAGGAGGAGUACGAGAAGGCGCGUCUCUCCACCUGCCGGGCGGAGGAGGAGGCCCCCCCAGCCGGCCCCGGGGGGGCCCCCAACAAGCAGCUGGAGAAGAGGAGACGCCUGGAGGAGGAGGCGCUGCAGAGGGCGGAAGAGGCGAAGGAGCACUGCCGGGCGUGUGUGAACGACGUGGCGGUGAGGAAGGUGGACCUGGCCAAAGCCAAGCGGCAGAUCCUCACGCAGAUCCGCGAGCUGGUCUUCCAGUGUGACCUCACGCUGAAGGCGGUGACGGUGAACUGGUUCCAGAUGCAGCAGGCCCAGGUGGUCUCUCUGCCAGUGAACUACCAGUCGCUGUGUGAGAGCGCCAAGCUCUAUGAGCCUGGACAGCGCUACACCGAGUUCGUCCGCAGCCUGCCCACCGACCGCCGACGAGGAGAGUCCUUCACCUACGACAUGCAGACCUCGCAAAACUCUGGAUUCCCCUUCAAUAAGCAGUCAGUGAGCAGCAGUCACUCGUCCCAUGGCAACCUAUCCUUGUCCCAGGCCUCGGUGACCUCUGGGGACUUCCUGGGCACGGACGAGGUGGAGAGCCCUCGCAAGAUCGCAGAGCGCCGCUCCAACAGCAGCACCGACAUCCAAGCUCUGCGGAUACAGGGCCCGUUCAAGUGGGGCACAGGUAACCAGGGGGGAGGCAUGUGCAGUGACUCUGAGAGCGCAGGUGGGAGCAGCGAGUCCCGAUCCAUGGACUCACCCACGGCCAGCCCAGGCGACUUCAAGAGGAGGCUUCCUCGGACACCCUCCACGGGCACCAUGUCCUCAGCGGACGACCUGGACGAGAGGGAACCCCCCUCGCCUUCCGACAAUGGCGGCUUGAGUGAGAUGGUCACGGAGACGGCCAGCUCCCCCGGACCUUUCCGGAACGCGCAGAUGUCCAAGGCGGCGCAGACGCACAAGCUGCGGAAGCUGCGGGCGCCGUCCAAGUGCAGGGAGUGCGACGGCUUGGUGGUGUUCCACGGAGCCGAGUGCGAGGAGUGUUCGCUGGCCUGCCAUAAGAAGUGUCUGGAGACGCUGGCCAUCCAGUGCGGUCACAAGAAGUUGCACGGCAAGCUGCACCUGUUUGGCAUCGACUUUGCCCAGGCGGCCAAGAACUGCCCCGAUGGCAUUCCUUUCAUCGUCAAGAAGUGCACGUCGGAGAUUGAGAACCGGGCGCUCAACAUCAAGGGUAUUUACAGGGUGAAUGGAGCCAAAUCGCGGGUCGAGAAGCUGUGCCAGGCGUUUGAGAAUGGCAAGGACCUGGUGGAGCUGUCGGACCUGUAUCCCCACGACAUCAGCAAUGUGCUCAAGCUCUACCUGAGACAGCUCCCUGAGCCCCUGAUCCUGUUCCGCUACUACAACGACUUCAUCGGCCUGGCCAAGGAGAGCCAGAGCAUCAUCGUGGAGGAGGUGGAGGCUUCGCGCAGGUCGCCGGCCCCCGAGACACGGCAGGUGAGCGUGGAGCUCAACCGCGUCCUCUUCAAGAUCCGAGACCUCCUCCGCCAGCUGCCCCCGGCCCACUACAAGACACUCCAGUUCCUCAUCGAACAUCUGCACAGGGUUACGGAGAAAGCGGACGAAAACAAGAUGACUGCCAGCAACCUGGGCAUCAUCUUCGGCCCGACGCUCAUCAAGCCUCGGCAGACGGACGCGGAGGUCUCGCUGUCCUCGCUAGUGGACUACCCCUACCAGGCGCUGAUCGUGGAGCUGCUCAUCCGCCACUUCCAGAUGAUCUUCGACGCGCCGCUCAGCCCUCUGCCCCUCUCCUCCCCUCUCACGUCCCCUGUGUCGGCCGGCGAGGGCUCCCCGUUGUCCCGCAAGUCGCGCCUCACCGCCCAGGAGAAGGAGAGACAGCUCAGUCGACACUCCACGUCUCUGGUAGACAUCAAGGAGCAACACAGUGCUAAGGCGUACAAGAGGCAUUCCUCCGUGAUCCCCUCCACACACCUGAUGGAUGAGGUGAAAGAGGCCAAGCCCAGGACUGAUGGCAGAGAGUUCGCUCCUGGUGUGGAUACCGAUUCAGCCACCAUCAACGGUCUUCUCUCCGCCAGCAGCCCCGAGAUCCAGAGCUCUCCUCGUUUCCCGCGCUCCGUCUCCUCCAUCACCAUCCCCAUUUCGUCCUCCAGCAGCCCGUCUUCCGCCUCGCCAACCAGCCCCACGGCGGGCCCCGUCUCCGUCUCUGUCUCCCUCUCCGCCUCCAGCGGCAGUAGCAGGGUGCAGCUGCGGCCUCCGCGGCCCAAGCUCUCCUCCCGGCCCGUCAGUCUGCCGCCCGAGCGGCUCCUGAACGCCCGCAACUCGGCCGACGCUGGACGUAGCCAGCCGCGGGACGCCGCCAUCGAGGAGGCUUCGGAGGAGGAGCCUCAGCAGCAGCACAACCAAUCACAGCAGGAGCAGCAGCAGCAGCAGCAUCGGUCGGGGAUUAAGUCGCGCUCCGGCACGUCACACUACCGCAGCACCUACAUCGACACGCAGACCCUCAGGCGCAAGUGGGAUCGGGAGUAUAAGAGAUACGACAUAACGGCGCGCACGGCUAUGAUCGUGGCUAAGCUGCCGGGCAAGGACGCUAGUUCGGAAGUAGAUGGAGUUGCUACUACUUCCUCUUCCUCCAAUUCCCCGACCGCAAUCGCUGUCCCACAGCUGUCAUCGUCAGUGCCCUCGAAGAGUUACUUCCCAGAGCGUAUGUCCGGAUCGGUGGGCUUGUGUCGACAGGGCAGGGGAGCGCUGAGGCGGGAGGGGAAUGUGAGCGAGUACAACCCUGUGCCGACGGCCUUCCGUCCCCCACGCACCCUUCAGCCGCCCCCCGGAACCUUCUACAAACCCCCCGUGGUGGGCCGGGCCAAGUCUCUCACGGAGAUCUCCAGCAAACCCAGCGCUGCUCCGGUCGCCACAGCAGAGGAUGAUGAUGAUGACGAGGAUGAUGAUGACGACGACGAAGAACAGGUAUUGGAGAUCGAGGUGUCGGUGGAUGGGCCGUGCCCAGAGGCUGACACCCAGAGCCCGGAGCCCGACCAUUCUCCAUCACACUCUCCCAGCUCCAGUCCAGAGGACUUUGGCCCGAACGAGGCCAAGCCUGUAUACCAGAGACUGCGGUCGCGCCGCAUGCAGGAGUUUGAGCAUCGAGAGGCUCACUUUGUAUGACCCUGCUUCGUCUUCUCCUGAGUUCGAUAGUGUCCCCCACCUGGCCAGUUGUUGAGAUGUUGACUGAGAGCUUGUAUGAUGGCUACUUUACUACACAGCAAUCGUGUCAUAUUGUUACGUACUGUACAUUAUGAAGAUUAAAAACUGUAUAUGGAGGAAUACAAACUUUGACACGGACGCUGAAAACUGUGACGAGAACACCACAGAAGUGUUACAUAGUUAAUAUAUUUCCCUGUUACCCUGGAUUCUACCUGGCUGGCAUGAGAACGCUGUGUGGAUGAACAGGAACGAAAAUCAAAUUCAAAAGUAUGCACUUAGUUUCAGUUGUGUGUCACAUAGUGCUCUAGAGACAAAGCAGUUUGAUUUGUGUUUUUACCAAGGUGAAGAUCAACGGGAGCGAUGAACAACAGUUUCAGCAUGAAUGAGAUGGAUUUUUAAGCAAUUGAGUAACUGAUUUAAAAAAAUCGGACUGCUUAACCGUUAUGGCAGAAAAAACAUACUUUUUGUUUUAGCUGUGCAGUUGACUUCACUUCACUUCACUUCACUUGGAGAACACGAUACUGUUGUAUAAAAUGUAUUGUUACUAUGCCAAAAAAAUAAUUCAGCUGUUACUAUUGUGUGUAUUGUCACUUUAUCAUCACUGUUUUAAUGCACUUACGAGGCUUAAUCCAAUCAUCCACAAUCGUUUUUGUACAUUUCUACCAUUUUUUUUGUAAUGCAGUAUUUUAUUGUACAUGUACAGUAUUACUUGUUUGCAAGUAUUCCGAUAAAAUGUUUUUAAUUUGAUAUGCUGUAUAAUCAAAACAAAUUCAAUACAAUAUUUGUAUUAAAUUGUAUGUCCGAGUUGCAUUACUGGAUAGUGAACCUAAUGAGCGACUGUAACAAAACUUUCAAGAAAGACUCUUAAAAUAUUGGCUUUAAUGUCAAAACAACAUUAAACAUGUAGACUGGUGUAUAUGGCGUUUUGUACAAAGUAUAUUGGUAUAUUUUGCUCAAUUUUGAGCAGGGUGAAAAAAUGAUGUUUAUGUCAAAACAAACUUUGUGACCCAAUAGAUUAAGCUCAAGUAAGUGCAUUUCUUAUGUAAACUGCAUAUCACUCAGUGUUUUAUAAAAUAUAAUGAAAAGGAUGUCUCUGCUGUUUUGAAAUGUUUUAACUCAUCUGCGGUAUAUACAGCACGUGCCAGAAUACACUUUUGUAACUUAUUAAAACUAUUGAUAACACA